AUGCAGAAGGAGCUUUUCUUGGGUAUUGUAAAUACGCUUUCGGCGCGUUAUGAGUACUUUCAGCUCCGCACCGACGCCGCCUGUAGGAUCAGUCUGUCGCCGCUGCAGAAAUGCAUGAUUGUCGUACGACAGUUGGCUUACGGAGGAACUGCCGAUAUGUUCGACGAAUAUCUUCAAGUCGGCGAGUCGAUUGGACGUGAGCGUCUAAAGAAUUUCUGUCAGGGAGUGAGAGAGACCUUCAGAGACACCUAUAUGCAGAAGCCGACUGUAGCUGAUUGCCAGUUCUUGUUGGAUUUGCACGGGAGAACGCACAACUUCCCAGGAAUGUUGGGCAGCAUAGAUUGUAUGCACUGGGAGUGGACAAACUGCCCAACGGCAUGGAGAGGCCAGUAUACAACCGGGUUCAAAGGUACGCACCCCACCAUCAUACUCGAAGCCAUUGCCAAUCAACGUCUCUGGAUUUGGCAUUCUUACUUCGGUGUUGUCGGGUCGAAUAACGACCUCAACGUCGUGCAGUCCUCGCCACUCUUCAAUCAGCAGUGCAAGGGUUACUACUUGGCUGAUGGCAUCUACCCGUCGUGGCCCGUUGUUUUGAACACGAUCAGAUGCCCAACUUCACGGAAGAUGGCUUAUUUUACCGAAAAGCAAGAGGCCGCUCGAAAGGAUGUGGAGCGGGCUUUUGGUUCGAAAAUGAAGGUGAAGGAAUCGCAGACGUCGUCAAUGAAAACAUUGCUGGACCAAGCCACGGUGUUGCAAGCUAGUUUCAUCGUCAGGGUCUACCAUACAACGAUGAUGAACGUCUUCAGGCAUUUGUUGACAUGCGCCAAGCCAAAGCCCAUCAUGCACUCCAACGUGAUAUGA